GCCGUGACCCAUUUCGCCGAACAAAGGAUUCGCGCUGGAAUCUCGCUCGGCGCCGGGACCUAAAAUGGCGGCGGCGCGCCCGCCCCCGCCCCUUCCGCGGGCGCCAUAGAGACGGGGCGGGCGGAGCGGCCUCCCCUCGGCGCCGCUCUGUACGCGGGCGCAGCCCCUGCUCGCUGGUGCGGGCGGGAAGGCGCUGCCGCAGCAUGGCGGGCGAGGGCGACUCUGAGCCGGGGAAGUCCUAUAAACUCUUUGGAUUUCUCGAUGUUAAAAAUAUCCCAUGUGCACGAGAAUCAGUGCUCUAUGGCUCCUUGGGGGCUUUAGUUAUGGGUCUUGGACAUUUUUUAGCAACUAGUAGAGUUAAAAGAUCUUGUGAUGUUGCAGUUGGUACCUAUAUUUGCACAAUGUUAGGAUACUGGUUUUACUGCAGGUACAACUUGGUCCAGCAAAGGAUCCGGCAAAGAAUGCUUAAAGAAGGAAUGAAAAACAGAAUUUUAUUUGAAGGCAGUUAUCUUGAUCCAGAGAAGAAACAAAGUGGCAGUGAAAGAAGCGAUUCAUAGGUUGCUCCGGAAGAGUUGUGAUUUAAUACAUCUUUGGGAAAAGGUGGUCCAGAAAAAAGUCAGUCUGCACUGCAAGCCUGUGAGGUGUCUAAAACUGGUAAAUCAUGGUUUUCCUAGCAAAUCUGAGCAGGAAAUUCAUAGUGAAUCUGUUAAGUCGGUACAAGCCUUGCUUUGUUUCAUGUAUGUAUGUAUGUAUGUGACUGCAGAGAUUUGCAAUGACGUCCUGUCAAACAUCUGGGAGCUGCUGUGUUCUCUUCAGGGUCUCAGAGGAUUAAGGACAGUGAUUUGGGUCUGCUUUAGCUUCCAUUAUAAACAGAGCGUGGUUUGUUUUAGCAAAGUUGUAAUUACAUCUCAUUCAAAUACAGGAAAAUAUUUCCAUCACCUGUUGAGCCUUCAGUGCUAUUAUUAACAGUGCUGUUUGUGAAACCAGGAGUGUUUGAACAGUAGGAGAAGGCUUUGCUUGUGCAAAAUGGGUGAUAGUCAGCAGCCUUUGUAAGAUUUCAGCUGCAGGAUAACCAGAUAACUUACAUACAUUAUGGAGCGGAAGGAUUUCCAUCUUUGUUCUGUUUGAAACUAUGAAUAAAAUCACACUUUAGAGCAGUCUAAACUUUGUAAUUAAAUCAUUUUUACUUCAUUAAAAAUCUUGCGAGUUAAGACA